UCCUUUUCUCUAAAAUGAAGGGGAUUGCACAAUCCCCUUUUCUAGUGCUGAAAUUCUGUAUGCUAACGUUGCCUGUCUAAAUGGCUCUUAUAGCUUCAACUUCCCAUGUUUUAGGAACUCGGAGGGUGAUAAGAGUAUAGUUUUGGUCUGUACCUCCCUCUGACAGCCUGGUUACUUUCACUGAAGAGUCCAAGCUGAGGUUUUCAUGUAGCAUCCUCCUGCAGUACACAGAACUCACCAGAAGCCAAAUACAGAUGGCCUAGAAAGUGAUAAAGCAGACGGGCUGUCACUUUUCUACUUGGAAUGGGAAAAUGGCUGCUCGCUGUAUUCUUCAAGUCAGGGAGAAAUACAAAGGUCUUCAAAAUCCCAGACUUGCAAGGGACCCCAGAGGCGGUCCAGUUUAAAUCACUCCUGAAUAAUUCUCCGGAGACCUAGCAAAUGAUCAGAUGAUCUUUGGAUUCAUGAAAUCUGAAGCUCUGCAAGACACUAGUCCAGCUAGGCUGAUGAGGCUCGGUAGAACUCCAUUCUAAGGAACCAAAACCCUAUGGAAUGAAAGCAAGCAGUGAGUUACUCUGUUUCAGGCUAUACUAUUUGAAAGCUCCUCUCAGUUGGCCAUGGCUACAGCUUCUCAAAUGAAUCUGGAUGCUCUUCGUGAAGUGCUAGAAUGCCCCAUCUGCCUGGAAUCCUUUACUGAAGAGGUUUUGCGCCCCAAGCUCCUUCAUUGUGGCCACACUGUCUGCCGGCACUGUCUGGAGAAAUUAUUGGCAAACACCAUCAAUGGCGUCCGCUGCCCCUUCUGUAGCAAGGUCACGCGCAUCACCAACUUAUCCUUGCUAGCAGACAACCUGACCAUACUGAAGAUCAUUGACACAGGUGGGCUGAAUGAGGCCAUGUCGCUGCUGAUGUGUCGGACCUGUGGGCGGAGACUACCCAGACAGUUCUGCAAGAGCUGUGGCAUAUUGCUUUGUGAGCCCUGUAGGACAGCAAAGCACUCAUUGCCCAAACACUUUGUGCUCCCCAUCAAGGAGGCAGCUGAGGAGCGGCGCCAUCACUUUGGUGAGAAGCUUGCUCAGCUGCGGGAGGUGGUCAAAGAAUUGCAACUGCGGAAGGAGACCCUGGAAAAGGUCUCCAAAGACUUGCAGAGCCGCUACAAGGCAGUUCUACAGGAAUACGGGCGGGAAGAACGGCGGAUCCAGCAGGAGCUGGCCCGUUCACGCAAAUUCUUCACAGGAUCCCUGGCAGAGGUGGAAAAGGCUAAUAGCCAAGUGAUGGAAGAACAGGGAUACUUGCUAAAUAUUGCAGAGGUACAGGCUGUGUCUCGUUGUGAUUAUUUCCUCGCCAAGCUCAAACAGGCAGAUGUGGCUAUUUUGGAAGAGGUAGCUGAUGAGGAGGAGCCAGAGCUGACAGCCAACCUACCCCAGGAACUGACCUUACAGGAUGUGGAGCUCCUUAAGAUGGGCCAUGUUGGCCCACUCCAGAUUGGCCAGGCAGUCAAGAAGCCCCGAACAGUCAAUAUAGACGAGCCCUGGGUUGAAGAGGUUGAUGCCACCUCCAUAACAAUCCGGGAGAUGGAUGGGAGCCCAGAUGAUAUGACUCCUAGUCCCCGGUCCUCGCCUUCUCGUCAGCGAAAAUCUGAGGCGGCAGCCAGCAUACAACAGUGCCACUUUAUUAAGAAGAUGGGUGCUAAGGGGAGCACACCAGGCAUGUUCAACCUGCCUGUCAGUCUCCACGUCACCAAUCAGGGUGAAGUGCUGGUGGCUGAUCGAGGCAAUUUCCGGAUCCAGGUCUUCUCCCGCAAAGGCUUUCUGAAGGAGAUUCGGCGCAGUCCCAGUGGCAUUGACAGUUUUGUGCUCAGUUUCCUUGGAGCUGAUCUGCCCAAUCUGACCCCAUUGUCAGUGGCCAUGAACUGUCAGGGACUGAUUGGUGUGACUGACAGUUAUGACAACUCUGUCAAAGUGUAUACUUUAGAAGGUCAUUGUAUUGCUUGCCAUCGGAGUCAACUGAGCAAACCCUGGGGCAUUACUGCUCUGCCCUCGGGCCAGUUUGUGGUCACUGAUGUGGAAGGAGGAAAGCUAUGGUGUUUUACAGUUGACCGAUCAGCUGGAGUCGUCAAAUUCAAUUGUCUCUGUGGUGCUGUUCGUCCCAAGUUUGUUACCUGUGAUGCUGAGGGCACUAUCUAUUUUACCCAGGGGCUGGGCCUCAACCUGGAGAAUCGACAGAUUGAACACCACCUUGAGGGUGGUUUCUCCAUUGGUUCUGUGGGUCCUGAUGGGCAGCUGGGCCGUCAGAUCAGCCACUUCUUCUCUGAGAAUGAAGACUUCCGCUGUAUUGCUGGUAUGUGUGUGGAUGCUCGUGGGGACCUCAUUGUUGCGGAUAGCAGCAGAAAGGAGAUCCUACACUUCCCUAAGGGAGGUGGCUACAAUGUCCUUAUCCGGGAGGGACUCAUUUGUCCUGUAGACAUUGCUCUUACUCCUAAAGGGCAGCUCCUGGUACUGGAUUGUUGGGAUCACUGCAUCAAGAUCUAUAGUUACCACUUAAGAAGAUAUUCUACCCCUUAAAGGGAGCUGGCAUUCUUCAUCUUAGCCAUCCUUUCUCCAGAUAGCUCUGUGGGUGUCCUUAAUGCCAUAGAUUAGUUUUGUGUCCUAAUUCUAGUUGGAUAGGUUUAGAAUUCAAGCUUCAGUGUUUAGAAGUCCUGUCCUUUAGUUUGCCUCUAAGAAUAAAGCUUUAAAGUACCAACUGGCAUUGAGGAUGUGGGACAGUUUAGCUGGCCUCUGACUAGCCACUAGGCCUCUCCAAGACUUCACCAGCUUUAAUCAUCAUAGAGACUAAGAAAUGUCUCACCAGCAAACAAACCCUUGUUGAUUUUCCUAUUUCUCCUUUGGAUUCUUGGCUUGUUAGCUUGUCUCCAAGAAGCAUUCUGCCUGCCAACAAAAGGUUCUCUGCACUGAUGACUGAUCUGCAUGUUCUACUGGGACCUGUUCCCCCAGCUCCUUAUGGCUCUUCAGUAGCAUUUCAAAUGUAGCCCAGUAGUAUUGCCUUUGGAUUCACUCACCUUUACCAAUGUUUAACAAGUCCAGUGCUCCCUAAGAAGAUAAGUACCACAUUGGGGAUACUGUUUUUGCAGAUUAGAAUGUUUCAACAUCUUAAACCACCAGGUUCAUAUGUGAUUGAAAAUGCAAUGACUUUGUGGACCAGUAGAGAACUCUAAAUUGAAAGCUGAUUGUCUGUUAAGGGGAUUUGUGUUUUACUUAGCCAAAGUUUAAAAAAAAAUUGGAAUCAAUAAUAACAUUAACAGAUAAUAUAUUUAUUUGUACUCUUCAAGAUGUAAUUCAGCCCCAUUAUUCAUGAGCAACUUCCUUGGGUCUACUCAACUUAUCUAAGAAUUUGUAAAACAAGGCCAAGGGUGGGAGUGGAUUGAGAAUCAUUUUCAUUACUGGAAAACUCUUUGGCGGGUGCUUAGCCACAUUUCCCCAAUGGAGUGUAAAAUAUUCAGGUUCAGGAUUUAUUUCCAUUCCUUUCUUAAGCAUUAAAUAAUUGAUGGCAGCUUCUCCAUUACCAAUGUUUGUUUCUUUUAAUUAAAUAUUGGGAGGUGGUUUUUAUAUCCCAUUGCUCACUUAGCUGAAGUUCUAUUUCUUAGCAGGCAGUACCAUCAAAAGGAUCUAGACUGAGAAACACACUCCUCAUCAGUAUCCAGAAGCACCAUCACAUAAAGGGAAUGCAAAUCCCACUCCUAGUGCAUGUGAACAAUUAUCUGGCACCUAAGGUUUAGAGUCAUGGACUCACAGUUUUAAAUUGAGUCUUUACCAUCUGUUCUUGCCUUCUAAUUACAGUUCCAAAAGUGAAAGCAAGGUUGUUCUUUCAAGAAGAUAUUCUUUUGAGUGAAGACGUUCAAGAAUCAGUGGCUGCAUAUUUGUGUUGACUAAGCCUCAGUUUUUUUUGAAUUUCAGCCACAGAAGACUGAUAGAAAACUGAUGGGGCUGCCUGGAAAUGGAAGCACCAUAGCCCUAUAAGUACUAAAAAAAUAAAACAGUUUUUCUGGGUUGCAUUAUUCAAAAACUUCCACUUUCCCCCCAUGUUAUGAUUAGUUUCCAAAGGAAAGGAAAUGAUAUAAUUAAAGGUAGCCCAGAACUAAUUUGUCUUGGGCUUUUCACCUGAAGAGAGCAUGGACUGGUUUAUGAAAUUAUGUCUCAUUUUAGAAGAUUGUAUUAAUGGAGGGAAAAUUAAUUCAAUUAAAAGUAUAUCACAAACA